GAUUUCGUAAUAUUUAGAGGCGGAUGAUCACGAUAUGUCAUGCAAAUUGAACUUUUGGAGUAGUUUAAUACUUGUUCAAUAGUUAAAAUGUUGAUUAAACUAGCUCUAGGAAGUGUUUUUCAUCAUGGAAUACCUAAAGCCGGUGGUUUGUGUGGUUGCCGUACAUUAUGUCAGAAAGGGAUAAGCACUGUGUUAAAGUCACGAAGGGAUUUAAUCUCUCGGAUUCAAAGUCCCAAGGAUAGUAUUUUGAAGUCCUGUCUUGUUUGUUGCCAUGUGUUACAAUCGAAGCAGUUUUCGUCUGACAAGAAAGUGGUACGAAUAGGUUGUGCAUCUGGUUUCUGGGGAGACACAACCACUUCAGUUCCCCAGCUGGUAUAUGGUGGCAAGCUGGACUUCCUAGUAUUUGACUACCUUUCAGAGAUCACAAUGUCCCUGUUAACUGCAGCAAAGGCCAAAUCUCCAAAUUUGGGAUAUACACCAGACUUUGUACAAGUGGCUAUGGCUCCUUUUAUAAAAGAUAUCCACAAAAAAGGUAUCCGUGUGGUUAGUAAUGCCGGUGGUGUGAACCCUCAUGCAUGUGCUUUGGCACUCCAGGAGGUUGUAAAGAAGGCAGACCUUGACAUGAAGAUUGCUGUUGUCACUGGAGAUGAUAUAAUGGCAGAGAAAGAAUCACUGAAGAAAGCAGGCAUCACAGACUUGGAGAGUGGAAGAUCCUUACCUGACACAGUAAACAGCAUGAAUGUAUACCUAGGAGCCCGACCAAUAAGCAGAGCACUGGAUCAUGGUGCUGAUAUUGUUAUAACUGGUCGUUGCGUUGAUAGUGCUAUUGUUCUAGGACCUCUUAUUCACACAUUUGGCUGGAAGCAGAAUGAGUAUGACCUCCUGGCAGCUGGAAGCCUUGCAGGCCAUCUAAUAGAAUGUGGCGCUCAGUGCACUGGUGGAAUAUUCACAGACUGGCACACAGUGUCAGACUGGGAUAACAUAGGAUUUCCAAUUGUGGAGUGCUCAUCUGAUGGAAGAUUUAUUGUGAGCAAGCCCCCUAACACAGGAGGUUUGGUUUCCUUUGGCACUGUUGCUGAACAGUUGAUAUAUGAAAUUGGUGAUCCCUGUCAGUAUCCUUUGCCUGAUGUUGUAUGUGAUUUUUCUCAAGUCACCAUCAUGACUGUCCCAGGUGCUGAAGGUGGAGCAGUAGAUGUCCAAGGAACAAAGGGAAAACCUCCUUCCAGUCAUUACAAGGUCUGUGCAACGUACUUUGAUGGCUUCAGAGCUACUGCUGUCUGUGCAGUUGGUGGACCGAAGUCCUUGGAAAAAGGAAGGAAGACUGCAGAAAGUAUUUUGAAAAGAACACGUCGGAUCUUCACACAGCUUGGACUGGAUGAUUAUACUGCUGUUAACGUUCAAAUUCUUGGUUCAGAAAGUACUUAUGGUCCUAAUGCUAGAAUGGUGGGAGAUAAUGGCCCACGUGAAGCUGUUGUUUGGCUCGCUGUACACCACAGUCAAAAAAAAGCAUUAGAAAUUUUUUCAAGAGAGGUUGCACCUGCAGGCACUGGAAUGGCUCCAGGCUUGACUGCAGUAGUAGGAGGGCGACCAAAUGUAUCUCCAGUCUUGAAGCCAUUCUUUUUCCUGUACCCAAAAAAGGAUGUCAAGAUUGAUAUCUUCAUAAAUGGACGUUUUGUGGAAACAUUCAAAGCGGAACGUACCUUCGAGACAGAUGCACAAAGUUCUCCUGAGGUCAACACAAAUGAUGAGUUAAAAGAUCUUCCAAGUGGACCUCAUUCUUACAGGUUGGAAGAGCUGGCAUAUACUAGAAGUGGUGACAAGGGUAAUUCUGCAAACAUAGGUGUUAUAGCACGACAUCCCCUGUAUUAUCCCUAUUUAAAGAGAGCUCUAACUGCUGAGGUUGUGGAAGAGUAUUUCAAGCAUCUCCUGCAAAAGGAACCCUCAGAUUCCUGUUUGGUAACAAGGCACGUUCAUUUAAAACACUUUUUGUUAGUCUGA